UUGCCUUAUCUCGUGACCUUUAUCAAUAAUCAUUGAUUGUCCCGCCACCUUAAACUCUCUCCGUUGCAUCUCUUCCUCUCUACUUCAAAUCUACCUCGCAAGACAUACGCCAUUCUCUCUCUAAUCUCAACCCAAACGUUGAAAUAUAAAAAAAAUGCCUGGACUUAGCACAUCUUCAGCAUCAUCCCGACCAGCCCUCACGCUCGAUCUCUCUAAUCUUCCAACAAUGUCUCAACCAACCAAGCCAACAAACACCCUCAUCAUCACCGAACUUAGCAACAUCCUCCUCUUCCAACCCACCUCCCUCGCCACAUUCCGCGCACAAAUCGAAUCCAUCGCGGCCCUGAACUCAUUCUCUCCACUCCCCUCUCUCCGCCGCCUCAUCUGCUCUUUCUACACAGAAGAAGACGCCCUGCGUGUCCGGAAACUCCUCGACGGAGAAGUACUCGAGCACAACGUCCGCCCGAGAGUUUACUUUGGCGAACCCACUCCAAUCCUGGAUGAGGAGGAGUCCCGCCGCCCAAAGCUCCUUGAGGCCCCCCAUGCCGACAAGCUCUUCUUCAUCAGCCCGCCACCCAGCCCCCCUCACGGAUGGGUCAUGCGCAAUGAGGAACCCCCGAACAAGGAGGUGCACGCCAGUGAUCUCGCCACCGCCUUGGCCAAGUUGAAGACCGAGCAAUCCGGUGUCUACGAGGGUAUCAACCAGACCUGUGAACCCGGUACCCCGAUGUCCAUGACCUCCGAUAAGCGCUCGGGGAGCUGGCCCGUCUCUAUGUCCGGACAGCGCAGCAGAAGCAGCACCCUUAUCUACCACCCUGAGGACCACGGCGGAAGUCCUAACCUGCCUGCUGUUAUGGUCGAAGAUACGAGCAUCAUGGUGGACGAUUUGGAGAUGGAGAUGAGUCCCAUUGAGAUGCCGACUCGGAAGGCCCCGCCGAAGACGUCUCGUCCUCCUGUUGAAUUGAUGUGUUGAAUGCACGGGAUUUGAUACGUGGUCGUUAUAACAUUCAUGGAUACGGUUUUGGGAUGUGCUUUAGCGUGUGCGUUUGGCUUGUUCUACCAUCUUUGCAUACUUGCAUGGGUUUAUAUGUUUUUAUCCGGGAUGCGUUGAUGGUUUAUCUCUUGUGCUUUAUUAAAUCAUUGGCGGGGCGUUUUGGAGGACACUGUGAUCAUGACAUAUACGGAGUUGGCUUGCUUCUACUGCAAUAAUUUACAUAUACGUUUUUGCCAUAUAUAGGUUGAAUUACAUGUUUUCUUGCACAUAUUUUCCCUAUGGAACCUU